ACACUAAAAGAAAUGGAAGAGAUGAGAAAAAAUGAUUCUAUAGCAUUUGAACAAAUUAAGGAAAAGUUAACAAGAGAAAUAGAGCAACAUAGAAAAGAAGUUGCGAUAAAAGAAGAAUUGGAACACAGACUGAGAGCCCAAAAUGUGGAGUUGGGGACCCUUAGAAAUAAUCUGGAGAAUUGUCAAAGGCUUGAACAUGAAAGAGAUCUCCUGAACAAAGAAAUUGUCAGACUAAGAUUGAAAGUAGAAAGAAUGAAAAUGAACAAUGAGGAGAUAGACAAGAAACACUUGCGGGACUUGGAAAUCAUCAAAGACAAGACUGAUGAUCUUCAAAAUGCUGUAAAGCUCAGUGAAGAAAGGUUAAUGAAAGUAACAGCCCAGUAUAGUGGCCAGCUCAACAUACUACGAGAGGAGAAUAAAGUGCUACAAGCCAAACUGAAGGAAGCGAAAGAAAACCAGGAAAAACUAGAAGUAGAACUUCAAUCCCUCCGUCUCAGACUGGCAGAUGCUAACCAUGAGCGUCACCAAAGUCAGGUCUCCCAAAGAGACCUUGCCUUCAUUGUCCAGAGAACAAAAGAAGAAUGGUCUGGUACACUGGAAUAUAUGAACUCUCGUGCUGAAACCCUUUUCCAACAACUUUGUGAUGCAGAAGAGAAAUUCAGUUGCCUGCAAGCUGAGUUUUGUCACAUGAAAGAUGCUCUUCGAGAGAAGACUUUUGCUCUAGAAGGUGCACAGAGAGACCUGAUGGAAGCACAGUUUGAAAAGCAGAACAUUCAACUGAAGUAUCAAAGUGAACAAAGAACAGUGAGUAUGUACAUUGUAAAGCAGGAGUCUUUAGAGCAGAGACUGUCCGGACUGCAGUGUAAAACUAUGUCACUUCAACAACAGCUGGAUGAUGUUCACAAGGAUUCUGCAGAUAAAGAGAAGGCAAAACACAGCAGAGACAGCCUGUGUGCUGCAGUGGUGAAGGCUCUUGAAGUAGGGCAUGAAAAGUACAGUCUGCUUUUGGAGGACAAAAACAAGAAGUUGCUUGAUGAAUGCAAUCAUUUAAAAGAAAGGCAGUACCAAUAUAAAAAAGAGAAAGUGAAAAGAGAAGCAGUUUUGAGACAACUUCGCCAAGAACUGUGUGAUACCAUGCAAAAACUAUCCAGAUCGGAGACGUUACUAGAAACUACAUCACGUUGUCACAUUCAUUUAGAAGAUGAGACCCAACAUUCAAUGAGAAAAAUAAGUCAGAUGACAAACCAAUUUCAAGAAGUAGAGGAUCAACUCAAAGAGGAAGGACACCGUGCUGAGAAGAUGCUAGACCAAUGGAAAAAGAUCAAAAUGGCAAAUUCCAAAUUAAAACUUACUGUCAAAGACCAAGCCGAAAAACUCAACCAGUAUGAGAAAGACUUGUCAAGUGCAAGUUUCGUGCAGAAAUCUCUGGAAGAUCAGUUAGCAGAGACUAUAAAAUGUAAAAGGAUGAUAGAAGACCGCAUGCAAAGCCUUGAAAAAGAAAAUUCAAAAAUGAAAGUAAACUUUGGAAAGGCACUGGACUGCAUUGAGAAAUAUGUGUCAUCUGCAAGUUCAACUGGAGCAUCAUCUCAAGGAAAAUUAGAGCAUAUUGUUUCAGCAGGAGCUCAGAUGAAAUCCUGUAUUGCAUAUCUGGAAUCUGAAAUCUCUGUAACAGAAACUUCUCGAGAAGAAAUCAAUGAAACCACAUUUCGGAAAUACAAGCAAUUCUAUCUAAAAGAAUUGAAAAUUAGAAAAUUGUCAUACAAAAAACUAAGAGAGUAG